UGACGCCCUCUAGCGGUUCUAUUAAGCAUUGCAAUAGUAAUUUCGAAAGCCGGAAGUGGGCUCUCAAUACCCGUAUGUAAACAAACGCGUCUGGGUCGUUGCUGUUUGGUCGUGGAGUUGUGUUUGUGCUGUUACAUUUAUUGUAACCUUAAGUACCUGGUGAGGUGUGUGCUGUGUAGCGAUGUCCCCUUCGUGCUCACAGUGUGGCUCGAAAAAUGUGGUGGAGGAUCAGCUGUAUAGUCAGACGCAGUGGGUGUGUCAGGACUGCGGCUCCGUCAUCUCAGAGGGGACUUUCACCACCGUACUGAGUGAAGAGCAACACUCUACAGCCGUGCCUUAUUACCUCAGCACAGAGGUGACGAAGAAGCCAUGUCCCAACCUGAUCAAAGGUCUGGGUAGCGUGCGCUCUCUGUGCCGCAUCCUCAGGUUAUCCAAACACAUGGAGUCUGAGGUGACAAGCUUGUACGAGCGUGCCUAUAAUCACCCCCACUUUCUGAAUUGCCAUUUGAUGAAGAAGGAGAUGUUGGGGGGCUCCUGUGUGCUGUCCGUCUGCAGGCAGAACAACUGGCCUGUUGCCAUGGGAACCAUCAGCAUGCUGUUAGACGCCGAGCCAACUUCCGUAGGCGCCGUCUAUCACGACCUGAUUAAAACCCUGAACAUCCAAAAUACAACAAGCAGCUUCACUGAGCUGCUGGAGAGCCACUGUCACGAGUAUAAGCUGAGCCCCAAUGAUGUGCCCGAUGUCUGUGCGGAGUCUGUCGAGCGGUUGGUGCAGCGGAGCUCUGCACUGUUGGAACUGGCCACUGAUGUGUGGAUAGCAACCGGACGCCAACCGCUGCCCCUCCUCACUGCGUGUGUGUAUGUGGCCUGGCAGUCUCUCAAACCCAUGGCCCGUAUGAAGUACACCCUGAAUAAGUUCUGUGAGAUAGCAAGGUUGCCAACGUUGAAGCAGUCGUGUGUGACGCGGCGGGACACAGUGUCACGGCGCGUCAGCGAGAUCAGGGAGGCGCUGUGUAAGCUGGGCCGUGUCUUGCCCUGGCUCAGAGGAGGCACCGUCGAGCCCGGCUCCAUCUGCACGCUGGUCGAUGACAUCCUCUCAUACCGCAGAACUCUGAUGCUGCAGGCCAUGAGGAGCAGUGAGCUCGAGGAGGAUGCUGAAGAACAGAGUGCAGCCUCCUCUGAAGAAGUGCACUGGGGAAAAAGGCACCUUUUCCUGCCUCCUUCAGCAAGGAACGCAAAGCGUCCGAGACCCAACUCACCCGAGCCAGACGUCAACGGAGAUGAGAAUAUAUCAGACACGGAGAUAGAAUCAUACAUUCGCUCGCCGGAGGAGGUGAAGUUCUAUGUGGAGGUGCAGAAGAAACUGACUGAGGACAAGAAGUGAAGGAUUCAACCUGAACACUAGCUAAACCAGUGUUUUUUUUUUUUUGUUUGUUUUUUUUUUUUUUUUAAACUGUUUUUCAGUUUGUCGUUUUAUUUAAACUUGUUUCGUUGUUCACUGAGUACUUCUGCAAUAUGCACUUUAAACUAGCUUUACUAAGUUCUAUUUAGUGCGCACUACUGAGUGUGAGAGAUGGCUGGUUUGUUUUGUCCUGCUGUUUUCGCAGUAGCUGUUUGCAGUCCAGACAAAGGCAACGGGAUCAAAGACCACAUGCCUUUACGUCCAUGUAUGGAAAGCUAUAAAUGGGCAUGCCAUGUAAAUAACCUGAGCUUUAUUUCCUCUUGUUUUUGUCGUUCAUGACGUCUGCUAUAUACUGAGUAUUGCUGCAGAUUGCAGUAGUGCACACUACCAAGUGUAAGAGACGCAGUCGACGCCAGAGACUGAUAUUUUUUUAUUUUUCAAUUUAUGUGGAAGUUACAUCACAUCUUAGAGCAGUGCAUUGUGGGAGUCCUUCAAUACUCCCCAACCCCCCCCCCCCCCCCCCUUAAGUUCUGCUUUCUGCUAAAGCCUUUACUGCACUCUUGUAUUUCUCCUCAUCCACCGAAUCCCCUUGGUUUCCAUUUUAAGAACUAUACUAAAAACUGAAGACGUUUUACCCAGAAGGCAUUGCUGUGCCCUAAUACAUUUAUAAGGAUAAAAAUGAGCAAUAUUAUCAGUAUGGGAAUUGCUUCAGUUACAUUGUUCUCGCUGUCAGUAUAGAAAUUAAUAGAGUGGUUUUGUUAUCAUUCUAAUUUAAAAUGUUGUGGGUUUUUUUGUUUGUUUUUUCAGAACUGUUUAUUGGCGAAUAAUUUGGAAGUAUGUUUUUUUUUCCAGUGAGUUAUUUUGAUUAAAAACCAUUUUUCAACACCACAUUAUUUCUUUCAUUUGUAGUCUGUAAUUUCUAUGCCAAGAAGUUUGGCUUCAUGUUUGAACGAGUUAGAAAAGUCUUUAGCAAAGGCACCUCGCACUUGAGAUGAUCAUUAGGGUUUGUUUAUAGGGACCAGGGCCAAUUUUACUUCCUGCUUCCUCACAGAAUAGAGCACUGUGUCAGCCAUGAUGUGGCACCCCUGGUCAAGGGUCCAACAAAUGUAGAACCCUGACCUCGUGGCAUGACUCCUCCACGUUCAUAAUGUUGUUAGAUGGUAUCAGUAUUGUGCAAUCUGCACAACUUCUAUUAUUUUCGCUAAUGGUUAUGCCCAAGUUUGGUCAUGGUUACAUCAGGAACAGGAACGCCUGUUGAAAUCAUGUUCUCUUUCAAGUACCUCGGACCCAAAAUGGAAACAUACUUUAUCUUUAUACGUAUAAUUUAUUUAUUUAUUUAUUUAUUUAAUGAUCUUUGUGCUUUAAGGAUGGUGGAGUUGUUGGAUCUGUUUGAUGGCAUAAUUUGAUGAUCUAUCCAGCAAUAAACAUUUUAGGAUCCACUAAUUCUAACAAACAGAUGCAAGUUAAUACUACUACUACUACUAAUACAAAACUGUUAAUCCUCCCUGCUUUGUGUGAGGGUGUGUGUGUGUCUGCCUACCGGCCUGUGCUGUGUUUGUGAUGUCUCCUGCAGGAAUGCAAGAUUACAUCCUGCUCACUGACCUUGAGGGUUUCACAGCUCUGUUCUGAACUUCCCUUUACUCUCCAAAAAGGCAGGAUCAACCAAAAACCCACACAGAAUGCUGUUUAGUGUUCAUGUCCUAAAUGGAUAUUGUUAAUGGAUAUCAGUUCCAUGUUUGCAAAGGAAAGCAGCUCUUAUAAGACCUAUAGUAAAUUAGAAAAUUUGACAUAUAGCAUAGGCAUAAACACAAAGGAAUUACCAAAGAAAUAUAACAGGUUAAAAAUAGAAAUGCCAUACAUACACAUAUACUGUCUUACUCCUAUAUACGGUCCCAAAAAGUAUUGGGACAGCAAGGCCAAUUUGAUUUUCACUAUAUGUUGAUGAAAUUUGGGUUUGAGAUCAAAAGAUAAGUACGAGAUGAUAGAUCAGAAUUUCAGCUUUCAUUUCCUCAUAUUUACAUCUAGAUGUGUUCAACAACUUUCAACAUGGCACCUUUUGUUGUAACCCACACAUUUUUUUUCCCAAGAGAUCAAAAAUAUUGGAACACAUGGUGUUUUUUGCUGCCCAGGUGUGCCCUGUUAAAUUGAUUGUUUAAAGAAUGAAUAGCUCUGAAUGUCUACUCUUGGUUUGAGCCCUAGCAUUUGCCUGCAUUUGUUAGAAACCACUCAUGGGAUAAACCAACAUGAAACCAGAGAGCUGUCUGUGGGAGAAAAGUGAGCCAUUUUGAAGCAAAGAGGGGAAAUCUAUCAGAGGAAUUGCACAAGCAUUGGGCAUAACCAGUACAACGAUUUGGAAUGUCCUGAAAAAAAGAAAGAAACCACCGGUGUACAAACAACCACAAAUGGAACCGGUCGGCCAAGGAAAACAACAACAGCAGUAACAUUGUGAGAGCUGUGAAGAAAAACCCUAACAACAGUUAGUGUCAAUUCCAACAUCACCAGUCCUAUCACAACUGUGGAACACAUGGACUGUGGGAAAACAAACAAUUUGAGUGGGAGACACAGUGAACAGAGCAUGAGUAAACCUCCUGCUGAUGCGUCGCUGGGAGCUCGACAGACAUCAGACAGUGCUUUUCUUAAACACUGACGAUGAAAACUCUGCUAUCGUGAAAGGAUUUAGCUGCUCAAAGACACAACAAGAGGACUUAAUGCUCUUAAUCUGAUCUGAGGUGGUGCGUCAGGUAAUACAACUAAGCCUUUAAUCCAAACUGUCUCAUAUUCAUAGAGAUGGAGAGGCAUUUUUACUCAUGUUACAUACUUUUUCCUAAUAUAUGCAGUCACACACAUCUAUAGCUGUCCUGUCUUUCUGUGUAUAAGUGUUCUUCUGUGUGUUCCUGCAUAGGGCAAGAGAUUACGACCUAGCUCAAGUGCAUGUAUGUGUGUGUCAAAGCCAUGUUUAAAGCACUCCCAUGUGAAACAUUUAGAUCAACAGUAAGCAUGAAUUCACACACUUGACACGCAGGCGUGUGGUGUGCAGUCUGGAAGGGAUUGUACUGAUGCUAUGUGGAAAGGAAAAUGAAGAUGGUGAGUGGUUUCUGUGGUCUCUGGGGAUCUGUAAAUUGCCAAACCGAGGACGGAAUAUAUCUCUACUUUGUGCAGGAUGUUUUUCAGCACAUCAAGCGCUCCUUCUUCUCCUGUGGUCUCUGGAGGCGAUGGCACUAGCUGAGAUAGUUCCAGAAUUACUGGCAUCCUUUAAAAGAAUGAGAAAAAUUGCUUGCACAAGAUAAGCAUUACAGCACACAUUCAGAUUUUCCACUCAAAUAUCAGAAGAGAUUACUAACCUAU